AGGCGAGAGAGAGCUCCAACGGACGGUCUCGCUCUAGCGCUGGUGCUGGAGUCAUGCCAACGCUGUAGCCCUAACCACAAACCCUAACCGGCUGUGCUUGCUUGUCGGACAGUGUGUGACUUGCAUACGGGUUGCUGCGACGGCGGAGGAGGAGAGUGCUUUUACCGGAUACCGUUUAAUUUCGGAGUCUUUUCAGUCUAGGUCCGAGACAGGGCAGAGGAAAACGCAUAUUGCGCUAUGAAAAGGACUUUGAGUUGAGUGGAAUUCCGAACGAACCGUCGACAAGCAAGGACACAACGACGGAGAAACAAAACAGCAGUUGGAUAAAGACAAGAGGGAAGAAAGAAAAGGACGUGAUUGAGAGAAAGGAUCAGUUUAUGGGGGGAAAGAAACGUCACCAGAUUCACAGGGAUUCACAGGGAUUCACAGGAGACAUGACAUAGUAUGGAGAAGAAAUACGCCAAUCUACAGCUUCAUACUACUUGUCAAACAUAGACAACAGAUACUGGCAGAUGGAAGCUGAUCCCACUCUCCGUAGCGGCGGUGAAUAAACGAGGGACACUGAAGAGGAAAGAGAGGAGGAAGCUGCAGCAGGUCAAGAGAGCAUCAUCGAUCCGGGUGUGGUGGAAAUAGCUUUCUGGACAUGGAGAAGAAGAACCGAUGCUUCUUAUCUGAAAGAGGAAAGUAACCAACAACACAAAGGUCUUCGAAAGAAGACCUUCCUGGAAAACCACAGUGGACUCUUCCUACAAGACUGUGCUGGCCUGCUGAGCUAAAGCUAGAGCUAAAGCCUACACUCAGCUUAGGGUCAGGGGCGUUGUCCCCAGAACUAGUUGGUGCUCUACUUCAAAAGAACACUACAUCAACAUGAACAUCAGAGGACUUCCAAGUGGACCUUAACUGGAGUCUGGACUGGUUCCUUUUGUGAACAUAAUGAGACAGCACCAAAAUACUAUUUUACCCUAGAACCCAGACCAAGUCGACUCCCAACUCUCUGAAUGUCCCGAUAGGACUUUCUAAGUGGAUGAACUUGGACUAUCCACAACUAGAAAACACCUUUUAACCCCCAACCAAGCCAAUCCCAAGUAUCCUGAUGACCUGUGGUCCUCUGGGUGGGUCCACUGCCCCCCUCUGGUGGUGACUGGGGUGUAGUCCAGGUCCAGCCACCUCCAGACCCCAGGGGACCAUCCCAGGAUGGGAACCCCAGGAGGAGUAGCCUUACUGGGGGGCUUUGGUUCUUCCACCACGCCCUCUCUGGAGAUGGGGGGCUGGAUGGUCUGGCCAGGGGGGAAUAACUCCACCUACCGUGGACUAAACCAGAGUCUACCCUGGGUGGCCGGGGACGGGGGAGCGGACAGCAACCUGUCAUUGGGAUCCCAGGCGGAGGUGGUGUUGAGAGCAUCGCCCAUGAAGGAGAAGAACUGGCCGGCGCUUCUCAUCCUAGUCAUCAUCGCGCUGACGGUGGGCGGAAACAUCCUGGUGAUUCUGGCCGUCUCACUAGAGAAGAAGCUUCAGAAUGCUACAAACUUCUUCCUGAGGUCGUUGGCCGUGGCCGACAUGCUGGUGGGGAUACUGGUGAUGCCUAUAUCACUGAUCAACAUACUCUAUGACUAUGCGUGGCCCCUGCCCAGUGCUCUGUGUCCUAUCUGGAUCUACCUGGACGUCCUCUUCUCCACAUCGUCUAUUAUGCAUCUGUGUGCCAUAUCUCUGGAUCGAUAUGUGGCUAUAAGGAAUCCCAUUGAACACAGCCGCUUCAACUCUAGAACCAAGGCCAUGAUGAAGAUAGCAGCUGUAUGGACCAUAUCAAUAGGUGUGUCCAUGCCUAUCCCGGUGAUCGGCCUUCACAACAAAGACAAGGUGUUUGUCAACGGCAGCUGUGUUCUGAACGAGGAGCGCUUCAUGCUGGUUGGCUCCUUCGUGGCUUUCUUCAUCCCAUUGGUCAUCAUGGUUGUGUCCUACUGCCUCACCAUACAGGUCCUCCAACGCCAGGAGACCGUCUUCCUCUACGAGAGGAAAACUUCCUCCCAGCAGCCACUGCAGCCUCAGACCACUCCCUCAAACCACCAGUCCCCGCCUCCAAAUUUCCUAGGCCUGCCCAUAAACAUUGAGGCUCCUCCUCCUAGCAGACAAGGAAGUCUGAGCUGCCUGAAAGGGGCGGAGCCUGACCGGCAGACCGGCCUCUUAAGCAGUUCCCCCUCGGAGAGCAUCAGUAUGAUUCCGAGUUCGGGGGUGGCGUCCCAGCUGAGCUCUCCGGCAGGGCGUGAUGCACGGGACAGUCACGGGAGGCGGGGGAUGAUGCAGGCCAUCAAGAAUGAGAGGCGGGCCUCCAAGGUGCUGGGGAUCGUGUUCUUCCUGUUUCUGAUCAUGUGGUGCCCCUUCUUCAUCACCAAUGUCACUUACGUCCUCUGUCAGGGUUCCUGCAACGAGCCUUUAUUGGCUGAGCUCCUCAACGUUUUUGUGUGGGUGGGAUACAUCUCCUCUGGAGUCAACCCAUUGGUCUAUACGUUGUUUAACAAGACAUACAGAAGGGCCUUUUCCAGCUAUAUACGUUGUCAGUAUAACACAGGGCCGAUGGCAGGGGUUAGUAGUAAAUCGCUAGCUGUUCCCACCAUCCAGUGUCCAUCUCAUGCGGUCACGCCCAUAUUUGGACAUCAUGGAGGGAAUGGGAAGAAGGGAAGUGUGGACCGGAAUAGCAACUGUCGGAAUGGUGGUGGAGGGGGCGGGGCCGACGGUAACGGGAUGAUCAAAGGGGUGGAGCCUGACGAUCCUACAGAUGACGGGAUGAGGAUGGAUAUGGAAUGCCCCGGGAUGAUGUCGGAAUUGGAACCCAGAAUGUCGGAGCUGAAGCUAUCUGUCGACAGCUUCUGCCAUGCUCACUUGGAGCGCACCAGCAGCGUCUGAUUGGUUGAUUGGAUAAUUGGAUUACGCCAGCUCUGCGGCUCAUUGGCUGAUGAUGAACGGGCGGACUUGAAGUAAUGUGAGGGAGGGAAGGACUGUAGUGGGCAUGUGUCAAAUAACACCCUAUUCACUGUGUAGGGCACUACCCUGAACAAAACUCCCUAUUCAGGCAGCUCUCUGUAGGGCUAUGGUCAACACUAGUGCAUUACAUGGGGAAUAGGGUCACAUUUGAGACACAGUCACAGUGGGUGGUGUGGACACUUCUGGAAGAAUGUAUCAUGGAAGGACUUACCUUGAUUCUUAACCCUUGACCUGGGUGUCAUGGACUUGUACAAUUUAGAACCCCACAGAAGGAGAAGGAGAAGAAGGAGGAGACGAAGGAGGAGGAAGAGAAGAAGGAGGAGGAGAAGGAGGAGAAGAAGGAGAUGGAGAAGAAGAAGGAGGAGGAGAAGGAGAAAGAGGAGGAGAAGGAGAAAGGAGGAGAAGGAGAUGAAUGAGGAGGAGGAGAAGGAGAUGAAUGAUGAGAAGGAGGAGGAAGAGAAGGAGAUGAAGGAGGAAGAGAAGGAGAUGAAGGAGGAAGAGAAGGAGAUGAAGGAGGAGGAGAAGGAGAUGAAGGAGGAGAAGGAGAUGGAGAUGAUGGAGGAGGAGGAGGAGGAGGAGAUAAAGACAUGAUUCAAGGCUGAACAGAGAGAAACUCGAGACUUCAUAGUGUAUGUCCCGAAUGGCACCCUAAUCCCUACACAGUGCACUACGUUUGAUCCACUACAUAGGGAAUAGGGUUCCAUGUCAGACGCUGCCAUAGUCAAAUGCAGUCUAACUUAUUGUGUAAUGGAUCUUAGUAACAAUUCAGCACCAUGGACACGACAUAACAAUACAACAGGUCUGAAUGGAGCUUUUUCCAGUGUGUAUAAAACAAGUCUAUAAUGGUUACUAGGGAGACUGGUAAUGAUGACUGGAGAAAGGAAACUAUAGCCCCAAUGACCGUCACAGUGCCACCUUGUGGUGAGACAGGGGGUAGCACCAAGAACCCACCUCAUUAAAAUGAGUAGACUGUGUAGGUAGAAGUCAAUGGCCCUGACCACUGAUACAGGGUCAAAUUAUUGGGAGUUGGGUAACCUGAUCCCAGAUCUGAGGUUAGGAUUGACUUAUUUGAAUGCUUACAUGAGGGUGGAUGAAGGGGUUGGAAACACUGGUCUCAGUACAAUGGAUCUCUCUCACACAUCAUAAUGUAUUACCUCAUACUGAUGGCCACGGCAGGCAGUCCUUGAGAAGACGGAUCAAACCCAGUCCAGUUAAGGAUGAUCAGCACUCAUACUCUGAGAGGCUUUCUGAAUACAGGUCUCAGAGGGAUUGUUUUGGUCCCUCACCGCCAGCCUAACUCCAGGCCUUGACCAGAACAUAACCCCAACACUGCCAUUUGCACAACCAUACAGAUGCAGGAUCUUAAUUUGAGCACUCUUUUGUUGCCGAUCAUUUUCCUGCUCAAGGUUUAAAAAAUGCUUCUAAAGUUUGUAAUGUCCACUUUAAAAUAUCCAGAUUUGAUUUGCCCUAACAAAAAAAUGAUUGACUCUUACAAAAAAAAAUCCAUUAAUUAUAAUCCAUAUAAUAAUUCACAUUUGCUAUUGCUGCAGUAUUAUUUUCCUACUCUGUCAAACUGGCUCAAAUUAAGAUCCUACAUGUGUAGCUGUGAUCACAACUCAACUAUAAGCAUAGGCUAUAACCCUAUCAUAGAGCAAACCUCACCAUAACCCAAUCUACAUUAUAUGAGUAACCCUAUGGGCCUAUAUAACCCACAUAGACCCUGAAAGUUAUCCCUACAACUCAUACUCAACGCUGCCACAACCACAACCAAAACACCAGAGCACCUGACUGAAUGUACUACCUAUGACAACCUCUGACCCCUCUACACAGGUCAAUUUUUUUUAUUUUAACACACUUUGGUUACGUCUCAGAUGGCACCCUAUUCCCUAUAUAGUGCACUACUUUUCACCAGGGACCAUAGGGCUCUGAUAAAAGUAGUGCCCCAUGUAGGGAAUAGGGUGCCAUUUAAGAUGCACACUGUCUAGCUCCUAAGUAAGGAAGAUGGAACAGUAGGCCUGACCGAUCACUAGGAACGUUGGAGCUUUUUCCAGACAAAAGACAGAGGUCAAUAGGACUACAGGCCCUUUGCCACAUUUGACAAGAAGUUGAACAAAAAAAACGAAACUAAAACUAAUGAAGAGGAGUGCCGAGAGAAAACCCCCCCUGAAAGAAUCGGGUUUUGGUUUGAUCCGAAAUCAGUUUGCGAAACCAGUUUGCUUAAACAAUGUAUUUUAAGCUGUGUAUGUGAUCCGUAACCGUGUGUGUAGGAUAGAGCUCUGGUCCAGGGCAUUAGAGCUUCCUCUUCUCAGCGUUGCCAAACUAACGCUGCGCUCAUGAAAUCUCUCAAAUUCGUAACUAAGGGCAUACGACUGGGAAAAAUCCAGUUUGAACGGCCCUCUAACUGGUAAUUACUAGUGGGAAAUAUUUUUUUUAAUCCACUUGAACGGCCGUCCAACUGUUAUUACAAGUGGGAAACUCAUCCAUCAUCCCUGAGCUACGACUUCUCCCACAUGCUGACCUCUGACGUCACCUACUAAGGAAAUUACCUAAAUAACAGCAUUUUCAGCAGCUAAAUGCAAUAACAAAGCAUCAUUUAAUUUAACUAAUUAAAAAAAAUGUCUUGAUAUGUUUGUUGAACAUUGUAAUUUGUUGACGAGCAUGAUGGCUGUACUUUUAGUCUACGGUUGAUACAACUUGUUUGCCAUUAGCCGAUUGGCUAAUAACUAGCUCAAAGCAUGUGAACGCACACUACUGGUUGCUCCCAGUUUACAAGUUGUGUUUUCAGAGUUUACCCCUUGUUAUGAAACCAGCAUAAUGCCCCGGGCCAGAGUUAGAGAUCUUUUAUGUGUCAACCCCUUACGUUACAGUCAAAUCAAUCGCCAUUUUUUAUACCAUUUACUUGUGAAUAUCCGUCAAUGACACCUCUCAUGUUUUUACUACUUUAGUCAUCCACACGACAAUGUUUUUUAUUUCAUUUCUGUGUGAUGCUGCUAUUUAUUUAUUAUUAAAAUAUCAUUCUAA